AAAAAAAAAAAAAAAAACUGUCCAUUAGAGUGUUAUUCCUGCAAGUUUUAUAGCCUAGUAUUUGAGAGAGAGAGAGAGGGAGAGUCUGGGGACGAACCCUCUGCGCCCGUAGUUGUAUUAUAUUGAAUUGAUGUUCAUAGCCAGAAAAAGUCUUCAAGAACUUGGAGAUGGAUGAAUCAGACGGAGUUCAAAAUCAAGCGCCUAAUCUUACCUCUAAUGGGGCCAAAGAUUCGAAAGGCAAGUCUUGUAAGGGCUGCCUUUAUUACUCUUCACUUCAGAAAUCCAAAUCUAAGACACCCACUUGCAUUGGAUUGUCCAAAACUCUCGACCAAGUACCAAACUACAUAGUGGGUGAAACUGAGUUGGAAGCUUCAAAAGAGGGACGCAGUCUUGCAGAUUUCAAGUAUGCUUGUGUUGGUUACUCUGUCUACUUAGAAAAGAAAGAUUCAUCAAAUGAUGUGCAGAACAAGCAAGCUGAGCUCCCCUUCUGCGUUGGUUUAGAGGUAUUGUUGGACAAAAGACCAGCUGAACAUUCCCAAGCUCAUGUUCAUAAUAAAACUGAAGAUAGCCCUGCUUUUCCACAGCCACGUACCUAUAAACCAUCGUAUCCGGCUGGAGACGAGUAUCUAAACAGGUUUAAACGAAAUGCAGCCCUUGUCGCAUCAGGUGUAGCAAGGAAUGUGAACAGAAUUUGCAACUACGUAAAAGAGAGUUUCGACGAUAUUUUAUACCCUUAUCGAAGACGACCGAAAUGAGGUACUACGUUCAUGGAUCGAUAGAAUAAAGAUCGGUUAUUACAGUAAGUAGGUUGCAGAAUCCCGCCAUUGCUCGUUCGUGUGAAAUAUUGAUAAAAUUCUGAUCUUUCUUAUAAACUGUGUAGAGAUGACAUUGAGGUAGCACGCCGUCUUUACUUGGCUGUAAUAAAGAAUGUAAUGAAUUUAAAUUUUUAUGAUUGUUUAUGUUCUGAUGCAAAGCCAUUGCUUUUGCUGGGAGAGGACUCAAACCUUGGUCUUUGAAUCUCAGGAUGAGUUUCAAAAUGCAUAUUUAUUAGUUUCUCAA